AACAAACGCCACAUUGUUGAGAGUCUAUGACCGUUACUACGUGCGCGAUGUUAUGGCUGGUGUUGUAGUUGUUGUACUUAGCCUAGCAUGUUUAGUUAGUAAAACAUCGUGAUAUAACUUCAUUUAUACAUCAAUGAAACCAUUGGACUCAGAUGAGGAGGAAGCGGAGCAGCUGGUUGCUCACCAAAAACAGCUUCGACAGCGGGCCAACCAGAGUCUGCAGCAGCUGAGCAGUGCACUGGAGCAGCAGAGCUCUGAUGAAGAGGAGGAGGAGGAGGGUGAGGAGCCCAGAGGCAGGGAGGGGAGCCUCUUCACCAUGACUGGAGAGGACAGGACUGCAUGGAGCCAAAAGACACAGAGUGAAGCAGUAAAUCAGUUGAAGAGCCUCCUACUGAAGCAGUGCAGAGAAAUUCCCUCUUCUCUCUCCCCUUCAAAGAAAAAGUCUCCAGCCAAGAGAGUACAGCAGGGGGGAAGGUCCAACUCAGCUGAUUUUCAAGAUUUGGUCCCAAUGAUUCACAACCAACCAGAGUACAUCCAACAUCUGGAAGCUGAGGUCAAAUUGUGCAAGGAGGAGCUGCAGGGGAUGAAGCAGCGGAUCAGAGUGGUGGUGGUGGAGAAUGAGAAGCUGCAGUCAGACCUCAAAUCAAGAGCUGCGGAUGAAUCACUAAAAGACUACACCAUGAGAAACUCCAUGGUCAAUGAGAGUAUGGCAGCCGACAGCCACAGCAUGCUGCACAGAGCAGAACACUCCACAUGGAAAAAUGAAAUGGAGCAAUUGAAAGUGAUCUACCAGGCUCAGUUUGAAAGCUUAGAGGCUCAGGUCAUCUCCCUCAGGAAGGAUCUGUCGGUCAGUCAGAAGGAGUGUGAGGAGGUGAAGGUUCGCCUGAGACACCGGGAGAAGCAGGCUGCAGACGCACUGCGGGCUGAUGGAGCGCCCCGUGUGGCAGGACUGUGUCUGCAGUGUGCGCAGCAUGAAGCUGUGUUGGCUGGGACUCACACAAAUCUGCAUGUGCAGGCCAUCGACAGGGUCACAAAGGAGCGCGAUGAGUUGCUGGUGGCUCUGCGUGCCGUGCGGGCCAGUCAGCAGGAGGCGCAACAGAGAGAGUGGUCAGCCUGUCUUCAAGUCAAACAGGCUGUGGAGAUGGCGGAAGAAGCACAUCUGUACAAAGCGAGGGUGGAGGUGCAGUGUGAGCAGCUGUCCAGGGAGCUGGCUCGACAGAGGGAACAUGUAGAACGAGAAGCAAAGGUCCUGAAGGAGAGACUGGCUGAGGCCCGAGAGGAGGGCCGAGCGGAGGCCCGCAAACAGAAAGAGGAGCUGGCACACACAGUAUCCAGCCUCUCACAGCAGGUUGCCGAGUUGCAAGGACAGCUGGACAGAGCUCACAGAGACAACAGCUCUCUGACCAACCAGCUGGAGGAUUCUCUCCGCAAACUCACCGCUCAGGAACAAGACAAUACCAAGGUGUGUGUGGAUCUGCGAUAUCAGCUCAGCCAGGCCCAACUGAAGAAAGGGGAGGCAGAGAGAGAACUGCGAGAGCUCAACACCAAGACCAGCCGACACAUGGAGAAAGCUGCACAGGAAGUGGAAAGACUGAGCUCAGAGCUGGUUGGCUGUAGGCAGCACCUGGAGGCGGUCCAAAAGGACGGGAGCCAAUGGCAGGCCGAAGCCCUGAGCCUAGCAGAACAGCUGGCAAACGCCCAGCGCCAACUGCACCUCACCAGGCAGCACAGAGAGAGUGCAGAGCGGGCUCAUGAAGAGGAACUGGCGUCUACAACUCUUAAAGCGCGGGACAGAGAGAGAGAGCUGUCUGCGCUGCUGGAGCAAACGGAGGCGGAACACCAGCAGAGAGUUGGAGAACUGGAUGGGCUGCUGAGUUCCCAGAAUUCCCUGAUCAGGAAGCUGAAGGACGAGUGCUGCUCGCUGGGAGUCAAACUGGAAGAGCUGACAGAAAACAGCCGAGGGGAUCUGGAGCAGCUGGCCCUGGAGAAGCAACACCUCGAGGAGUCCGUAAAGAGUCUGAGAGCUCGCUGCGCUGAUAUGGAGGAUCAGUGUGUGCAGCACGGCCGCAUGCACCAGCGCAUGAAGCACAGGCUGCAGCAGUUGGACCGUCACUGUCAGAGCAGCGCCCAGCAGGUGUGUGAGCUGCUGGCCAAACAGAACCAGCUGAUGCAGGAGAGAAACACACUCACUGAGGAGAUGCAGAGUCUACACACAGAGAGACGAGUGGCUACUCCGUCCACGUGAGUCCGUCCUGCCCGUCUGCUUGGAUUUGAAGUCAGAAAUCUCCUGUUGACAAAACUUUGUAAUUAUAUAUAUCUCUUUUUUAUUAUCAGGCAGAUAGGUGUGUUAAUCAUUUUUGUAUUAAGGAGCAAUGUUUACACUUUUUUCUGUCAUCAGAACUGAAAUCAGGUUUCAUUUGUGAUUUCUCUUUGGGCAAUAGACUGUUACUGUGGUAUAUUGAGCUAUAAGAGGAAGAGGAUGUGCAGUAGUGUUAAGGCACUUUUUUUUUAAUACUCCUUUUUUAUUAAAUGGAUUUAAUAAACAAAAUCACUGUGCUUUUGGAAAGUGCUUAACGAUCAUAAAACUAAGAAAUGUUUUUCCUUUAUACAUUUUUUUUUAAAAUAAAGCCUUUACCAUUCA